AUGACUUCGAUUUCGCCCACGUUGACCCGUAAACAAACGUUCCCCCGUGUACCUAAUGCCUACAGCUUCCCAAGAACCUCACCUAAUGCUUGGUUAGAACGGUCACCCGAUCCGGAAUAUAGAUCACGCACACCAUCGCCACUUGAGAACUCCGUCACUGCUGAGUAUGGCGAGGGUGUUAGGACGGUGGCCGCACCCGCCGCCGUCAUCCCUCCUACCAUCGGUACACCCUCGAUUACUAGCGCGGAAGACGCCAAAUCACCCAAUGGAGUUAUCUUUCCACCGAUGGUCGGGAAUGUGGAAGACAAUAGGUAUAGCACACCGCCUGUUGCCUCCACCGCUUGCUCUAUACUCCUCUGUAUCCACUCCGCCCAGAUGCGCACUGCCAAGAACUAUCGUGUAGCGGUCUUUCGAAGCCAUCCGAAUAUGGAAAACACAACCGAUAAAGAAUUGUUUCUGGAGUUCAAACGAACAUACAACGUAGAAUUGCGGUCAUUUUGGCAGCGAUUCUUCUCUCUUAGAGGACUCAAGUACAUCGGAGUUAUAGAGUACACACAACCUGAAUCUCCAGCUCUUUUACAGCUCGAUGCAGCCUCACGAAACUCUAUUCUCCACGCAUUCAACAAACCUCAUAAGAUAUCCACAACGAACGAUUGGGUUGAUUGGAUUUUCAGGAUCAAAGGAUUGUCGCCGAAUCGCUAUGGGCUAGAGUUUGUGCAGGGCUGGGAUGGUCGUAAAAUAGUGAUACUAGCAGCAGUACCAUGGAUUGGCAGUGUCAUCACAGCAUUCUUAUGGAGUGCGCUUACUGGAGAUGUGCAGACUGCCAUGGCUGUAGCCAGCUACAUCUUGACCGCAAGCGGAGGUAUUUUGGCGUUACUAGGUAUAAUAAGCACUUUGGAAGGUUAA